UCACCUAUUCGUGGUUGUGUCCCCCAACAGCUCUAACGACAGGUUAUCUUCGGGGCGAAAGCUUUCGCGCACCACGAUUAGCUAGUGGCGGCUCUUAUCAUUCAGUAACUCAUUACGCGCCGAAUUCGAUACUCGUCUGGACUGAAGUAUUUCGCGCUCCGUUGAAACGCAGUGACAGUGAGUGAUAUUCCGGGGAUUGAAUCGAUUUAAGCGGUGAUCUGAAACGCAUUUUUCCCGAAUACUGUGUGUGUGUGUGUGUGUGGUGAAAAACUAACAAAUUUCCGUUGGAAAAACAGAGAAAAAAAGAGUUAAAUCGAGUUAUUGUUGUGACACACUACAAUGGCUCGGGGUGAAGGAAAAGGCGAGAGUCUUGCCAAACUGGCGAACCAAAUCGCUGCCAUCAAGUACACGCUGUUCUGUUUCAACAUAAUCGGUUGGAUUAUCGGAGCGGGACUGUUUGCCUUCACGAUCUACAUCCGGGCCGAGCCGGGCUUCGACGAAUGGAUUGCGCUGCUGGAUAUCUACCAGUACUACAUCGGUGUGUACAUCCUGAUUGGAACCGGGGCGCUGGUCAUGAUUUUUUCCUUCCUCGGCUGCUGCAGCGCCCUGAUGGAGCACUCGUUGGCACUCUACGCAUUCAUCGGAACCCAAAUUUUCUUGUUCGUCCUCACCAUCGUCGGCUCGGCCAUCAUUCUGGACUACUCGACCGUGGACUCAAGCAUUCAGCCUCUGAUCCGCCAAACAAUGCUCCGGUUCAUCUCGACCUCCGAACAUCCACACUCAUCGGCUGCCCUAAAGCUCAUCCAGGAAAGCAUCGGAUGCUGCGGCGCUGACGGCCCGAACGACUACAUGGUCCUCCGCCAGCCACUCCCCCUCGAGUGUCGUGACACAGUCACCGGAAAUGCCUUCUUCCACGGCUGCGUAGACGAGUUGACCUGGUUCCUGGAGGACAAAUCCAUCUGGGUCGCAAUCAUGGCAAUGAUCCUGUCUGCCAUUCAUACCGCCAAUGCUGUUCUCGGAGUCGUUUUGGUGCAAGCUUUGAAGCGCGAGGAGGAAGCCAUGUACAGACGCUAAAGACGAGUAACGUUCGAUGCCGCGGGGGUCCCAUAAACCAAUCAAUCCCCUUGAUUAUUUUUUUUAUUUGCUAUGAAUAUGACAGUUUUCCCUCGUUUUAUUUUUUAAGAAUAGCUUAAUACUUUCAUCAGCAGCAGCAUUUCCCGGUUUACACAAACCUAGAAUUAAAAAUUACCAUAAGUCAACCCAAACUCUAAGUUACACACAAUAAACUUCUUGUCGAAGCAAGAAAACAAGUUGUUCAACGCAAAUCA